AAAUCAACGUGAAAAUCAACUUCAAUUUGUUCACGGGUUAACUAAAGUUAUAUUCGAGUUCUGCAAGUGUGUUUAUUUUUUAAUUAUACCUUUAAAUACAUCUGAUACUUUUCAGUAAAGAAAAACAGAUUCUAGAGACAAAAAGGAAAAGAUCAUGUGGGUGAGGUCAUUUCCUCCUAUAGCAUUAUAUACAUUAAGAUCUACAGACUGUACUCAGUCUCCUGCCAACACACACACAGUUUUAAUGAUGCGUGUGCUUCUGGCUCUGCUGCUGUCGGGGGUUUGCUGUGAUGUGAAACUGGACGACUCUUGGUGGUCCUGGAAAUCGGAAUUCAAUAAAAACUACAAGGAUGUGCCUGAGGAAGCUUACAGGAGAUCGGUUUGGGAGCAGAAUGUUUUAACCGUGAUGAAGCACAAUGAAGAAGCUGAUGCAGGACUUCACACCUUCACCACUGGCCUCAAUCACCUUUCAGACAUGACUGCAGAAGAAGUCAAUGCUAAGCUGAAUGGUCUGAGGAUGGGGGAUUUUUCUCCUCAGGAUGAUAAUCAUGAUGACAAUUUAAUCUUUCAGAGUUAUUUCCCUCUUCCUCCCAGUGUGAACUGGACUGAGGAUGCAUUUGUCACUCCUGUUCAGGACCAGGGUGAUUGCAACUCAUGCUGGGCAUUCAGUGCAGUUGGAGCUUUAGAAGCUCAGAUGAAGAAAAAGAAGGGUGUGCUGGUUCCUCUGAGUGUUCAGCAGCUGGUGGACUGCAGUCAUGCAACAGGAAAUCAAGGCUGCUUUGGAGGACUUCCAACUAAUGCAUUUGAUUAUAUAAUAAACAAUAAAGGAAUCAGCACGGAGUUUAACUACCCUUACAAACACAAGGUGGACCUUUGUAAUAACACAGUUAAAAAAUAUGGAGUCUGUAAGGGUUUCCGGGUUCUUCAGCCGUAUAAUGAGUAUGAGCUGCAGAGGGUGGUGGCUACCAUCGGACCGGUAGUAGUGGGAAUUGAAGCAAACACGACUGAAUUUCAUCAAUAUCACAGUGGUGUUUUCAGUGGACCCUGUAAUUCUAUAGUGAAUCAUGCUGUUCUGGUUGUUGGAUAUGGAAAAUCAGAAGAAGGGCUUCAAUACUGGCUGGUCAAAAACAGUUGGAGUGAUAAAUGGGGAGAAGGAGGAUAUAUGCGAAUCCUGCGAAACAAGAAUCAGUGUGGAAUCGGCAUCUACAGUGUCGUCCCACUCAUCUGAACUCAUUCAUCACAAAUCACUUUUUAUUUCUAUUUUAACUUUAAUUCUGUUGCUUUUAUGAACUAACUCAUAUAUAUAUAUUUUUAGUUUAUGCUGGUUUGUAGAUUUGGUGGUCAUGAUGAAAAAGCAUCUCUGUUUUUGAAUGAAUGAAAUCCACCAUAGAUGAUUAUAUUGUAUCACAUGUAACCCUUUUUUAAAUGUAUAUAAUAAAAAAAAAGCAAUAAAAAUCAUCUGGCUUCUUA